AUGUCUGAUCAUUCAGUGAGAGACUUAUCCUCAAUUGAUUCAGAUUCAAUUCAUGGAUUUCAACCAAGUAUUAAUGAAAAUGAAGAACAUUCCAAUAAAACUUUAGAAAGAUUGGUUACAAAUAAUAAAGGUGUUGAUGAUAUCAUAACAAGGUUAGAAACAAGAGCUGGUCAAUUGGGGCCAUUGGAAGAUGGGAUCGAUAUUCAUGAAGUUGCAACACACGCUGCACCUGAUUCAACUUUCCAUCCUGAAGAUAAAUGGCAUUAUCCAAUUGAUGAAGAAACUGGGAUGAGAAUUGUUCAAUUUAUUGAAAAUGAUGAAAAAGAUCCAAGAAAUUGGUCAAAUCUAUAUAAAUGGUUUUUAACGUUCUUCUUGGGAACUGUUUGCUUUGAUGUUGCAUUUUGUUCUGCUGUUGUUACAGGAGAUGUUGAUGGUCCUAUGAAAACUUUCCAUGUUUCUGAAGAAGUUAUUAUAUUGACAGUGACAUUAUUAGUUAUUGGAUUUGGGGUUGGUCCAUUAAUUUUCGCUCCACUAAGUGAAGAAGUUGGAAGAAGACCAGUUUAUGUUGUUACUUUAGGUAUUGCUGUUAUAUUUAUCAUUCCUUGUGCUGUUGCUAAAAACAUUGGUACGCUAUUAGUUUGUAGAUUUUUGGAUGGUUUAUUCUUUAGUGCACCAAUGUGUUUAAUUGGUGGUAAUUUAGCUGAAAUGUGGAGAACUGAGGAAAGAGGUGUUGCUAUGAGUAUUUUCAGUGCUGCUCCAUUCUUAGGACCUGUUAUUGGACCAUUGGUUGGUGGGUUUAUUGGUUGGAGAUGGAUUUAUUGGGUCUUGUUGAUCUUUUCUGGUGUUUUAUAUAUUGCAAUGGUUAUAUUAGUUCCAGAAACUCACCAUCAAACCAUUUUGAAAAGCAGAGCUAAAAAAUUGAGAAAAUUAACAGGUGAUGAAACUUAUAGAGCCAUUUCAGAAAUCAAACUUCGUACUUUCAAAGAAGUUGCCAAUGAAACUUUGUUAAGACCAUUGAUUUUACUAUCUGAACCAAUUGUUUUCUUGAUCACUCUAUAUAUGUCUGUCAUUUACGGUUUACUUUAUAUGUUCUUCUUUGCUUACCCAAUCGUUUAUAUGGAAGGUAAACAUUGGAGUGCUUCGAAAACUGGGUUAAUGUUUAUUCCUAUUGCUAUCGGUGUCAUUGUUGCUACCGUUGUUUCUCCAUUCUUCAAUAAUGAUUAUAACAAGAGAGCUCAGAAAUAUAGCAACCGUGGUGAAUUACCACCAGCUGAAUUGAGAUUGAUUCCUAUGAUGAUUGGAUGUUGGUUUGUUCCAGCUGGUUUGUUUUCAUUCGCUUGGUCUUCUUAUCCAAGUGUUCACUGGGCUGGGCCAUGUAUUUCUGGGUUUGCAUGUGGGCUAGGUUUCAACCUGUUGUAUAACCCAGCUAACAACUACAUUGUGGACUCUUACCAACAUUAUGCUGCUUCAGGUUUAGCUGCAAAGACAUUUUUGAGAAGUAUGUGGGGUGCUGCUGUUCCUUUAUUCACGAUUCAAAUGUAUCAUAGAUUAGGAUAUGAAUGGGCUUCAUCAUUAUUAGCAUUCAUUUCACUAGCAUGUUGUGGUAUUCCAUAUUUCUUCUUUUUCUUUGGUAAAAGGGUUAGAGCUAAAUCUAAGUAUGCUUAUAGUCCAGAAAGUGCUAAACAUGAAAUCUCUGGUGCUAAAGAUGCUGAGAAAGUUGGAAGUUCAUCCUUAUCAGAUGAACAAUAG